AUGGUUGCGAUAAAUGCGCGUUCUUUGUUGUUUUUGUCACUGGCUAUGAAGCUCAGUGCAGCCGAUUGGUGGGAUGGAUGGAACCAGGACUCGUCCUCCAAGAAUAACACACGGCUGAGCACCUCAGACGCGACAACUGCUGAAGAGGCAUCGACGUCAAAUAUCGACUACAACUCGUUCACCUUUGCUUCUUCGUCAGUAAUUUCCCUCGACUCAGCUACCUCCACGUCGUCGUCGACCCCUCACUCGGAUACCAGAACGUACGAGGACGCCUCGAGCUACGCGGCCCAUUCGACAUCUGCGACCUCGUCGACGCAGGCCGUCUUCACUUGGUCAGAUCCUCAAUCCACUAGCUCUGACGUUUACGUCAUCACACCCAGCUCCACGGAACUCCCUUCCAGUUCUGAGUUCAGCGACACUACAAGCACCACGGACUACACGCCAGAAUCUUACGAGACCACCACCAGUUCUUCAGCCGCAUUACAAUCCCCGGUUCAAACUUCAGAACAAAGUACCACCUUUGUGAUUUCCUCAUCUUCAUCAACUCCUGAUGAAACACCUGUGGACACCACUUCUGCAUCAACCACUUCGGAGUCGAUCUCUUCAGAUGCAGUGACAGAAUCCGUCUCAACUACAGAUGUUGCUACUAGCUCCGAUAUCUCCACCAGCCUCGAUGGGGCGACUUCUUCUCCAAUCUCUGAUUCCACUACAAGUACCGACGGAAGCGCUACUACUUCCGCUUCGUCGAUAGUUGUUGAUACUGUAACCUAUGACACAUCAGAUGUGUCCUCCACAUCCGCAGGUCCAACCACAACUUCUGAUGUAACCGAUUUUUCUUCCGCCUCCACGGACUUUGCAACGAGUUCGGAUUACUCUGCCUCUUCUGAGGCUCCUCAGAGUACCGAUUCUCAAUCUGCAUCUGCAUCCUCGGACUCGGUGGAAACAAUCACGGUAACACAGUCUUCCAGCGAUGUUCCCCCAACAACAACGUCAGACCCUUCCACCUAUGAGCUCUCAACCAGCGAGUUGGACUCUACAUCUGUUUCGGCAGAUUCUACCACUUCUUCGCAAUAUUAUGUCACCCCCGAUUCUUCUUCCUCGGAAGUCUCUACCACGUCUUACGGAUCUGACUUGGUUUCCACUGAUGUUUCAACGAGUCUGGAUUCUUUCAUCUCAAGUGCAAUUGAUUCUACCACUUCUUACUCUGAUGACGUGACCAGCAGUGAUGUAGCGACGACCUCGUAUGCUGUUCCAACAACUUCCGACUCGAGCGUCUACUCUGAUGUGUCCUCUUCAGUUACAGAUACACCUAGUUCCUCGAUUGCUCCAGAAAGUACCUCAUCCGGCGAUGUGUUCACAUGGACCUUUGAACCAGAGACUUCUAAUGACCCUUCUGACGUCACCACGUCUUUCAAUUCAACUGGCGAUUCAGGAUUUGCAACGUCAGCGGUGCCACUGACAACGGAUUCGUUUUCAAGUGACUCUCAAUACACAACCUCUUCUGACAUCACAGAGCCUACAUCGUUUACGUCAAGCUCAGAGUAUAGUUCAACGGAUUAUGCAUCAGAGACCUCCACGUUUUCAUAUGUGACUCCAACUUCUUCCAGCUACGUGCCAUCAUCAUAUCUGGACUCUUCCUCCACAACUGAAGUCCCUUUUGAGACGUCUACAUCUUCCGAAUUUCCAACUUCGUAUACCACUGACGAGCCGACUUCUAUCAUCUCAACUUCCACAUCAUCCGAAGUUCCAACUUUUACAUCUUCCGAAGUUCCAACUUCGUAUAUCACUGACGAGCCAACUUCUACCAUCUCAAGUACUGAUGCUACUACUUCUUCUUUCUCUGAGAUCACAUCGAUCUCUACAAGUGAUGAGCUCCCUGAAUCCACUACCUCCUACGUUAGUGAGACAAGCUCAACUGCUUUGGACUCCACCUCCGUCUCUGCCCCUACAGUCUCUGCGAAUACUUCGACAUCCGAAGUUGAACAAACGGCAUCGAGCACUUCUUCUUCUACUGAGCCUACUUCGAUUAUUUUGACAUCAUCUAUCGAAUCAUCUACGGCGUCUGCAAAUGAAACUCUAGGAUUUACCACACCUAGUGCGUCGACCACUACGCUCGAGCCUUCAACUACUACUUCUCAAGAACCUUCCAGCACUUCUAAGGAUUCGACUACAACAGAGGCCCCUGUCUCGACUUCGACACUCGAACCCACCUCUGAGAUUGCCUCGUCCAAUUCUACAUCUACUGUUUCAGUAUUUUCUCCUGUUACGUCCGCUGAUCAGCCAGCAAUCACGAGCACUGUUACAAGUGAGGCGUCUCAGGGAAUUUUCACGUCAAGUUCUACUGCUGCAUUAUCUCCUCCCUCAAGCUCCCUACCAUCGACAACCACUACCACGUCUAACUGGCUUCCAACGGCUUUAGUUACAGCACCCGCUUCAACUCAGAACUCAGGAAGUGCUGGAGAUGUGUCAUCAACAAAUUCACAGCAGGCAACCCAAACUCUACCACAAGCUAUUGCAGCUACAGGUGUAGUCAGUCAACCUGAAGGAUAUGAUUUGAUUACUAUUGGAUUCAAGAAAUCUUUGAGUUAUCCAUUCGUUGUUAAAAACCCGGUAGCUGGUGCUCAGAUUUUUGCCUACUUGCCAGAAGUUUUGACAUUUCCUUUUGACCACGCUUUCCCAGAUGUUCAAGUGACUCAAUUGAGUCCUCUAGAGGUUGAUGGAAAGAACUACGUCGUUACAGUAGCAGAAGUUUACUUCCCAUCAGAUCAAAUUGAUUCACUACAGCAAUUGGUGCAAAAUGGAGGGAGCAAAUUAUUUGCAAACAACGUAUCUUCAGAGAAUUCCUUGGCCAACCUUAUAGACGCAACCAUUCCUCUGACUGGCUUGGUAAGGACUCCGUCAAGUGACUCAGGUGACUCGACUGCUUCUGGUUCUGGAACAAGUGCAACCAAUGCCGCGAAUGGUUCAUCUGAUAAUUCAGCAAGCUCGGGUGGUAGCUCAGGAACACGUAACGCAGGAACUCUAGAGUUUUCUUACAGUUCAUCUGCGGGCGACAAGUCAACAACUAAGAGCAAAGGUAAAUUGAUCGGUAUGAUCGUUGGUGUGGUUGUUGGUGCGCUAGUCUACGUUUCAUUGGUUGUUGUAUGCAUCAGAUUUUACUUAUUGCGCAAGCAGAAGAAUGCCGAUCAAAUGAAUGAUAGUUCCAGCAUCGAAUCAGGAUCUGACUUUCAAGGUUCUUACUUUCAUGACGCGGAAAAAAAUGUGGAUGAUCAAGCAUCUAUCACACCUAGCAUGAGAAUCAACAAUUGGAUGAAGUACAACCAUUACGGUGGCUACGAAGGUGAAUUGGCACAAGAACCAGCUACGGAACAGAGAGCUACGUCUAUUCCAAAGAUUUCAAGACCAAUUGCGUCCGAAAAUUCGCUAGGAUGGAAUGAUGUUUAA